CAUCAGUUUCGUAUAACAAUGAUUUUAAAGUUUUAAAAACAAUUGUUUUUUUCUCAUUAGAGUGAAUUUUAUUUAAAUUCUUCAUCCAGUUCCUUAAAACAUGCCAUGUACAUAAAAUUUGUUUAUUUGCAGGACCCAUUAUUUCACUCCAUGCAUUAUAGAAUGCUGGUUCAUUAUCGGAUAUAAAAACAGCGGCUGUAAUAUUUCCAAUUGCAUUUUUAAUACACUGGAAAUAAUGUUUGAAGAGAGCAGUAUCUGAUUUGUUUGAAAAACAAAAAGCAACAGGAUCCGGUCUUAUUAGAAGCUGUACCAACUCAAGUUACGAAGACAUGUCAAGAUGUGUUACUAUUGCAAAAGAAGCCUUAGCUCAUGGACGUAAAUCAAAAAUUCCAUUUAAUGUUACUCCUGGGUCUGAACAAAUUAGGGCAACAAUUGAAAGAGAUGGAAUUGCACAAACCUUGAGAGAAUUUGGAGGUACUGUAUUAGCUAAUGCAUGUGGUCCUUGUAUUGGUCAAUGGGACCACAAAGAUGUUAAAAAAGGUGAAAAAAACACCAUUGUAAGUUUAUACAACAGAAACUUUACUGGACGUAAUGAUGCCAAUGCAGCAACAUUUUUAUCUUCACAUUAUUUUAAUAAUUGA